AUGGACGAGCCAAAGCAACAAAGCCAAGAUGUGGUCAGUCGCAUACUGACUCUCCCUCAGGAGACUGCUCAGGCUGAAGUUUUAAACUCCUCUUCCAAGCAAGAAGAGUAUGAAAAGAAGAUUGGGCCUCCUGAGCAUGAACGGAGAGUUGACAGUGACAUCGUCGAUGGCCAGGAUAAGGAUUCUUUAACCAAGAAUGACGAUGCCAGAAAGCCUCCAAGCUAG